AUGUCGCUCAUUGUGGCUGGGUCCACAGGCGCCAUCGGCCGAUGUGUUGUGCGUGAGGCGCUGAAGCGGGAUGAGUUUGCACGCGUUCUUGCACUAACGCGGUCAUCAUCGCUCUCCGACCCCGCUGCUCUCUUUGGGCUCACCGUAGUCUCGGAGGCCUCGGAGGCAAGCGCCCCAGACACGAUAACGAAGGAGCAGCUAACACGGCUGAUGCCUGUUAGUGUUGACUGGGAGGAAUUUUUGCGAUUCUGGCAGCGUCGAAAGGCGCGACAAGCGGGCGCCACGGCAAACAUUUCAGCAAAUGUGGACAGCGGUGAGGACCCCGAGGCGGUGCAUUAUAACGAGCUCUUUAGCGGACAUAAGUACGCUGCGAUGUGCCUUGGCACCACACGUCGCGAUGCGGGGAGUGCUGCGGCAUUUGCGCGGUGUGAUUACGACUACGUUGUUGCCUUCGCUGAGGCGUUGCGUGAAUUUAGCGGUCAAACUCUCGUCACCUACGCGCAGGUCAGCGCACAGUUUGCCAAUAAAAAUUCUUGGUUACUCUACAGUAAAGUCAAGGGUCGCGCUGAUGCCGCCGUGGAGGCGCUGCGGUUUCCGCGCCUGAGCUUGUACCGCCCCGGCCUGCUCGACCGCGGCGCGAAGACACGCUUCAACGAGAAGAUUUUGAAUUGGUUUUUGCGGGGCAUUCCCGUUGAGAUCUGUGGUCGGGCCAUUGUAAAUGACUUUGUGCACAGCAGCGACGCAGCGUCGUUGCAGUCACGCCAAUGCGCUGGCAAACGAAGCAGCGCAACGGCGUUGGGUGAGAGCAAAGACGAGUCAGAGGUUUAUAUCUUUGCAAACGACAACAUCAAAAAAGAGGCCGCGUAUCUCAAAUGA